AUGACACUUCUCUCGGAAAUCAUCUCCGCAUCGGCACAUUUACAUCACUCUAACAACCUACCCAGCGACGAGUAUGACAAUCAGAUCCGCGAGCUAGUUGAAUACUUCAGGCGGUUACAAAUGACGAAAGCACUCGAUUCAUUUGUCAACGAUGAGUCUGUCCUCAAUCCAUUGCUAGGCGCUACGCUGGUUAAAAACGCUAUGCUUCGUCUCGAUUCAUCAUGUGCCGUUUUCACCUCGACUCACCUUUUGCUUGUCCGGCUUUGUCUGCAGGCCAAAGCAUAUUCUUGUGCAUUGCCUGUCCUGAACAAACAGAUUUGUCAUUUCCCAAUCUCGCUGGGGCGUCCCUCUUCAGACUCCUCUGUUCUUUGCGCAGAUCACGUUUCAAGUAUAUCCUUUAUGACUGAAUCUUCUGGGUUUUCAUCCAAGCUAUCAUAUAGAGACUACUUGCAGUACUUUCUUUAUGGUGGUAUGGUUUACAUGGCGUUAAAGGAGUGGCACAAUGCACUUCAUUUUCUUGGGAUUGUCAUCUCCACACCUAGCACUAGCUCUGUGAGUUUGAUUAUGGUGGAAGCUUACAAAAAAUGGGUGUUGGUAUGCUUACUCGAAAAGGGCAAGCUCUGCUCGCCUCCAAGCAUCACAACACCUCACCUGGUGAAAGUUUGUCAAUCACUCGCAAGGCCCUAUGUCAUUCUUGCUCAUGCAUUUGAAUGCGGUGAUUUGAAGAGGCUUAAUGCUGAAAUUGAUGCAGCCAAGGAGGUUUGGUGCGCGGACAAUAAUCUCGGUCUCGUUUCCCAGGUAUUGGCUGCUUUCUUCUGUCAAACCGUUAUCAAGCUUGGGAAGACCUUUGCAGCUUUAACGAUGGCCGACCUUUCAAAGCAGGUAUUUCCCUCCCCUGUGUGUACAGAAGUCACUGCGUCCGCUGUUUCUUCUCUCAUCAUUACUCGUGCUUUGAACGCGACAUUGGUGCAGACCAAAGAUCAUGCUGAGACUUCCAUGCUACGGUUCUCAUCUAUUCAUUUGUUACCUCGGCUCUCUCAUGAGUUGGACUCACAGUCCCAACUCAAUCAGGAAAUGAAGCUGAUGGAGACCCUGGUGAUUAAUCUUGGGGAGACCAAUAACAACCUUGAAUUAAGCGAGGAGUAUGUUGAUAGCCUACACAAGGGUCAGGUUUGGACAAGUUCUAGUGAAGUAAAUCCCAUUGUAGGGGGAGAGGCUGGACUUGAUAUGGAUGAAGACCUGAUGGGUGACAUGUCCUGA